CACGCUGAGUUAAGCAGCUGUUAAGCCUUCUCAAUUUAAGAAGUUAACAAGCUUCUCAGAGUGUCGAUCCACUAUGAACCUGUAAAGUACCACCUACACAAGGAAGGCAUGAACGCAGCAGAGCCAGACAGCAGAAUGAAUCUGUCUAGCUAUCCCAGACAAAGCCACUUAAUUGGAGGUACAAUAGACAUCGCCUGAUCAUCGACAACCUGGGGGGCUGUAAACUAUUAAGGUUCACCGGGUCCAGACUACCGCUAGGACCCUGCGGAGUGCAACGCCCAGAGCUCCCCUUUUACUCUGCACUGCUCUGAGACUGAAAUGGGUUUCCAGCUCCAGCAUGCUUUGGCAUGUACUCUUUCAGUAUUAUGAGAACCUGGAUCGGCGGUGCUUUGUUGUAUUCUUCUCGCUGUCGUGGCAGUAACAGUUUUUGAACUGGACUUCCAUUAUUAAAAAAGUGGCUCCAGAUGUGCAGCUUGUCGAGUUCCAGCGAGAAGUGCAGCCCAAGAUGAAGACUCGGAUGCGACCUGGGAUUGCUGUGUUUGUAGCUAUCACCAUGUUUGCCAGCCUAUUGGUCUUGUACAGCAGCGGCAGUGGAAGCGACAGCACUAUGAAGAGGGCUCAGCCCCAGAGUACCAAAGUGAAUGUGGAGACCCUCAAGACUGCAACUGAGCAGCAGCAUGAAUCCCAGCCCACGGUGUUACCUGGAUAUAUCAGCAUCACUGAUCAUAAGCCUCUAAUGAUGCACUGCAGAACAUGUGCAUUAGUAACAAGCUCGGGUCAUUUGACAGGAAGCCUGCAGGGUGACAGAAUUGACCAAAGUGAAUGUGUGAUACGAAUGAAUGAUGCACCCACAAAGGACUAUGGGAGAGAUGUGGGCAACAAAACUAAUGUUCGAGUAAUUGCACAUUCUAGCAUUCAGCGGAUACUACGGAACCGUAGUGAACUCUUAAAUGGGAGCCAAGGCACUGUAUUUAUUUUCUGGGGUCCUAGCACUUACAUGAGGAAAGAUGGGAAAGGACAUGUUUAUAACAAUCUACGAAUAAUGAACCAGAUAUUACCACAUUUAAAGGUAUAUAUCAUCACCCGUCACAAGAUGAUACAAGCUGACGAACUCUUCAGAAGAGAAACUGGGAAAGACAGAAAGGUAUCCAACACUUGGCUUAGCACUGGUUGGUUUACAAUGCUUACUGCACUUGAGUUGUGUGACAGAAUUAAUAUCUAUGGCAUGGUGUCACCAAGUUUUUGCAGGGAACCUAACCAUACCUCAGUACCUUAUCAUUAUUAUGAGCCAUCAGGACCUGACGAAUGCACAAUGUACAUCUCCCAUGAAUACGGAAAGAAGGGAAGCCACCACCGCUUUAUUACCGAGAAACAGGUGUUUGCCAACUGGGCAAGAACUUUCAAUAUUCACUUUUAUCAGCCAGAAUGGAAACCAGACCUACAACCCACAAAUAACACUGGAAUCAACUCCAAGCUAUGAGAUUGAAUAAACAAUCUUUCAUUUGCUGGACUUCUGUGAGGUUUAAAAAUCCAUGCUGUACCAGAACUGGCAAGAUAUUCCUGGAGUAUAAGGAUAUCAGCAAUUUCUACAAUUUAUAUCGCAGUUGUUUUGAACUCAUGUCUUAAUAAAAAAAAAACACAAUUAUAUGCAGUUUCUAAGCACAGAAUUAUUUUUAGUGUCUAUUCCAGAUUCUGCUGUAAAGUCCUUCAUCUGCUCAGACUAAAAAUAGCUUGGUCACGUCCUCACAGAACUGUAUUUAGUACUGAAAUGUCUUACAAGUUCUAGGCCUUAUAUGUCAUGGUGUGCUGAUGUCCACCAGUUACUGCUGGAACAAUCCAGAAUCAUAAGAAGGAUUCAUUGCCAAGAUAUAUGGCACUUCAAUUGAGUAUGCCUGAGCACAUGACAAAUGUGAUAAUAUUUUAUCACAUUUGAAUUACAGAAAAACAUAUUGCCGGUUGUUUUACCUAUUCUGGGUGUACUUGGGUACAUUGCCAAAACUGUGAAACUAAAUCAUUAUUACUUUUGAGAUAUCAGCUGCAAUCUAUAUAAGAAGUGAUGCUAUAAAUAUAAUGUGAAUGCUAUUGAGCUUAAUUAAGCAAUACCAGCACACCUUAUCCCUAGCAUACUAUUUCCAGGGUCAAAUAUCAAAUAUUGCAAAGCUCAUGCAUUUUGAUUUGAGUGCUGUAUUUCUUUUAUGUGUACUGCUUCCUGAUAACAAACUUUCUAUUCAGUGGUCUUAUUUCUCUCUUUUCUUUACAAGCAAACAUGCAAAAUGACAAAAGUAGGAGAAAGGUGCCAUCUCAGCCCUUCUCUUUGCAGCUUGUAGCUCAUGAUUGACUGUUUUUUUCUCAUUCUUUCACCUCAUUCCAUCUAUCCCACGCUCCCUUGUAUGCUUCUGUUGAUGUAGCCUCCUCCACUCAUUUCAGUACAUCAUUCUAAGGUCCCAUCACCCUCUGCUUUAAAUAAGUUUAGUUUUUCCUUUAAUUUGACUAUCCUUCUAUCCGACUCCUGUCCAUUCUAUAUCCACCCUGCUCAGAACAUUCUAGGUUUCCUAUAGAAUCAUAAUAAAAUGGUAAAAUCCUAUUAUGUUAUUAUACUCACUUUUUCUUCAAAUAUUACAUGUUUCUUGUGUGCAUAUCUUCUUCAAAUGUCAGCUCUCUGUCCUUCCCACUACGUAUCCAAGGCCUCCUACAUAUACUGUCAACGAGCUUGGAUUUGUUUUCCCUUUAACGCUUCUAGGAUGGUAUACAUUGUUUUAAAUAUGACCCACUUUUAUCAAAUUCCUAUAUAAUAGAAAAAAUAUCUGCCUCCACUAUAUCCAUCAACUGUCUCAUUUAAACCAGGAGCAAAUCACAAGGUUUUCAAACCACACUGUCUUUGACUGAGCCAAAGGUUGUUAAUUGCACUCACAGAUUCAAAGCAUUUUCCUUCUUCAUAUUAAAUGAAUUACUACAUCUUUAUAUUCACUGGGCUGUAUUUUGUCUACAUAGGUACCUGUCCCAGAAUGCAGGAUAAUACAGUUAUUUGUAUUACACAUGGAGUUUUUAUAGGUUUAUUAGUUUAUACAUUGGUACUAGGCUAACUGCCCUUAUGGGCCAUUUUAAGUCAAGCCAAUUACCCUGUGUGAGAAUCAAACCAUGCACCUUGUCUCUGUAAGGUAAACAGCUUAACCAUUAUGCCAGUCAGUACCAUACACUGAUAUCCACCUCCUUAUGUUGCUGAUUGAGUUCUUGUUGAAAUGUACCCUUGUGAAAUCUACAUGAUAUUGUAUUUAUGUUGUUUUAAUGAUGGUCUGUGUGCAUUGUUGUACAUGUCAUAUGUGUAUUAAUAUUUCCACUAACCUAUGUAUUUACAGUAUAUUGUAAUAUGAUGUCAGUUUUCACCUAUGUAUAUGCAUUUUCUCUUAUUUCGGAGCCUUUCUCCCCAUUCCUCUGCUGAAAAUGGAUACAAUUAUCCAAUCAGCUUUUCCCGGUAAACAAAUGUCAGUAGAUAAAUGAAAAACUUAUGUCACACAGCCGAGAGCUACACCAAAUCUGACAUCACCAGCAAAAAUAUUGAGCCAUUUUUUUUUCAGUCUCCAUGUAUGAUCUGUAAUUAUACUAAAUACAGCCAGUCCAAACAGUGAGUGUUAUACUAUUUAUCUGUGUACUUGUUUUUCAUUGGAUGGAUACCUUCACCACCAUUUUAUUGGUUCUUUAAGUUUUUUUUUUCCAGCAAGAAAUUGCUCUAUAGAGCAAGGGUAAAUGCAAGAUAUAUAUCUGCUUGUGCAGACAUUAUUGUGUAGCCAACCAUCAAGCAAUCCUUUAGGAAUGUCAGGAGACAGAUACACCUGGAGAAAGUUCAUACACAAUUGGAUAGGAUAUGCAAACACUGCACAGACAUUGGAGGAAUAUACAAGUACCACACAGACAGUGAAACGUCAGGAAUGAACACUGGAUCUCUAAGGCUUGGAUCUUACCAGUGAAGCCAUCAUGCUGACCUGGUCAAACAGAUCAUCUAAUGCUGAUUCCACCAUGAUGUGUAACAUUCUAACCAACACCUUGUGUAACACAGUGCAGUGGCUUUGUUCCAUGUAUACUACCUCCACCAAGGUUCCUUCAUCUACCACUCCUAUGAUGAUUCUUCUUCUUUUGGAUUUUCCCAGUUAGGGGUCACCACAGCGGAUCAUCUGUCCGCUCAUGAUUGGCA